AUGUCGGCGUUGGUGCGAAUCACCACUGGCAUCAUGCCUCAGCACAGUCGAGUUGGCAUGACCCGAGCCAUGGCACAGUUUGGGGAGGUCAUCCACUGCCACAAGCCACCAUAUUCUGGCAUUCCUGGUGAGGACUUCGUGAAUGUGCGUUUUGCAACGCAGGAAGCUGCUGAUCGGGCCUACGCCGCCCUCAAAGCCAGCCAGGUCUUUGUCGAUGGCUUCCCUGUAGGAGUUGGUCCAGCGGGCGGGCCCAAAGGCAACGAUGGCCCGCUGGCAAUUUCGAACUCUGGCCCACCGAGGCGGCCGCGCAGUCGAAGUCCUCCACGCCUCUACGGGCGCAACCGUGCCCGGUCCCCUGUACGCCGCAGCCCCGAGCGCCGGCGCCCAAGCCCACCGCGGCGCAAGAGGAGCCCUUCAGAUGUCCCCAGGGCGAAUUUCCCGUCGCGCAACGACCCGAAGAGUCCAAGCCCCCGGCGGCUGGUCAGGGAGAUGGGCCGUGGCCGUUCACGCAGCCGUUCGCGGGCACGGGACCGCCGCCGUGAGGAACGCGCCAGUGAGUUCUCCGGAGGACCUGGCAUGAUGAUGCUCAAGAACAAGAAAGAGCGGACGCCGUCUCCGGACCCUCCAGGACCCAUAAGGAAUCCAACUCCUGUGAAGAACCCUUUCUUCAGAGCGGACAG